AUAGGUUCCUUCUAACUUGCAGAAUGCGAGAGAAAAAUAAAACUUCCGUUCAUAGUCAUUCUUACUUGAUGUUGCAUAGCAUUUAAAAGAAGAAAGAAAAAUACAUUAUGGAACUACUCCAAAAUAUGGAAUCAAAACGCUCUAAUAAGCUUUCACCAGUGGGAAAAUUUUUGAUUUAUGGCACAGGUGGCUUGGCAGUGGGCGUUAGCAUCGUUUGUGUACCAUUCGUGACCCCUGCCUUUAGAAAAUUUUGCUUGCCGUACGUUCCUGCUACCACAGAGCAGUUGUUAGGCGUUACAAAAGCAUUAAUGGGUCGAUCAGGGAGACUACUCGACGUCGGGUCAGGUGAUGGAAGAAUAGUGUUCACCGCUGCGAAACUUGGAUUCAAAUCGGACGGAGUUGAAUUAAACCCUUGGCUUGUAUAUUAUUCACGAAUAGCAGCUUUAUUAGAUCCAAAAUGUCGGGACUCGAAAUUUUACAGAAAGAACUUGUGGACAUUUGAUUUGAAACCCUAUGAGAAUAUAGUAAUUUUUGGGGUACAACAAAUGAUGAGUGAAUUUGAAAAGAAACUACUCAAAGAAGCAAAUCAUGAUACUGUAGUAGUAGCCUGCAGAUUUCCAUUGCCAAAUAUGGUACCUACAGAAACUAUAGGACAUGGAGUUGAUACAGUCUGGAAAUAUAUAGUGAAAAGAUAACAAAAGCGUGAAAAUUUGUUAUAAUCUUAGUAGAUA